AUGACAACCAAAACCCUCACCAUCCAAAAAGUAGACGGCAAACCCGGUCAAGUCUACUACCCGUCCUCUCAAACUCAACACCAUCCCCACCCCCAACCCCAACCCGGCGAACUCCAAAUCCGCAUCCUCUCCGCCGCCCUCAACCACCGCGACUUCUUCCUCCGCCAACACCUCUACCCCUCCCCCUCCUUCACCACGCCCCUCCUCGCCGACGGUACCGGUCUCGUCGUCGCCCUCGGCCCCAACACCUCCCAGUCCUGGCUCGGGAAACGCGUGCUCCUCACACCAGGCCGCGGUUGGGAUGCCUCGCCGUCAGGCCCGGAGGAACGGUAUGCCAUCCUAGGCGGCACGAGUACGUAUUCCGUUGGCACGGCGCAGGAAGUCGUGUGUAUCUCCCAAGACGAAGUUGAACUUGCGCCUGAGCAUUUGAGCGCGCAUGAGGCGGCUGCGUUGCCGCUCGUUGGACUUACGGGAUGGAGGGCGCUGGUGAGUAAGAGUGGGAAUGCGGAGGCGGGGCGGAAUGUGCUUGUUACGGGAAUAGGCGGCGGGGUCGCGUUGGCUGUGUUGCAGUUUGCGGUUGCGUUGGGAAUGAAUGUGUGGGUUAGUAGUGGGUCUAAGGAGAAGAUUGAGAAAGCGAGGGGCAUGGGUGCGAAAGGGGGUGUGUGUUAUAAAGAUGAGGGGUGGGAGAAGGAGUUGAAGGGGUUGUUGCCGAAGGAGAGGGGGUGGUUCGAUUGUAUUGUUGAUGGGGCGGGGGGGAAUGUCGUUUCUAAAGCUGUUAAGCUUUUAAAGCCCGGCGGCGUCAUCGUCCAAUACGGCAUGACCGUCUCCCCCAAAAUGGACUGGUCCAUGGCCGCCGUCCUCAACAACAUCGAGCUCCGCGGCACGACCAUGGGUUCGCGACAGGAAUUCCGCGAUAUGGUCGCCUUCGUGAGGGAGAAGCAGAUUACGCCUGUGGUAUCGAGGGUUGUGAAGGGUGGAUUGGAGAAUAUCGAAGCCAUUGAUGGAUUGUUUGAGGAUAUUAGGAAGGGUAGCCAGUUUGGGAAGUUGGUUAUUGAGGUUUCGGCUGAUGAGGGGGCGGGGACGGGGGGGAGUAAAUUGUAG